GGAGGGUGCAGCUUUCCAGAGUAGACUUCCACACGACCGUAUGACAUCCCAAGAAGCUGCCUGCUUCCCUGAUAUAAUCAGUGGGCCACAGCAGACUCAGAAGGUGUUUCUGUACAUCAGGAACCGCACCCUGCAGCUCUGGUUGGAUAACCCAAAGAUUCAGUUGACAUUUGAGGCAACUAUCCAACAACUAGAAGCACCUUAUAAUAGUGAUACGGUGCUCGUUCACAGAGUACACAGCUAUCUGGAGCGGCAUGGUCUAAUCAACUUCGGUAUCUACAAAAGAGUGAAGCCCCUUCCAACCAAGAAGACUGGAAAGGUUAUAAUUAUCGGUUCUGGAGUCUCUGGGUUGGCAGCAGCUCGCCAGUUGCAGAGUUUUGGAAUGGAUGUCACAGUUCUGGAAGCCAGGGACCGAGUAGGAGGAAGAGUGGCGACCUUCCGCAAAGGGAACUAUGUUGCUGAUCUAGGCGCAAUGGUGGUAACAGGACUUGGAGGAAAUCCCAUGGCUGUGGUCAGCAAACAAGUGAAUAUGGAAUUGGCUAAGAUCAAACAAAAAUGCCCACUUUAUGAAGCAAAUGGACAAGCUGUUCCAAAAGAGAAAGAUGAAAUGGUGGAACAAGAAUUUAAUCGUCUGCUAGAAGCCACCUCCUAUCUCAGUCAUCAGCUGGAUUUUAAUGUUCUCAAUAAUAAGCCUGUCUCCCUAGGUCAGGCUCUGGAGGUUGUCAUACAAUUGCAGGAGAAGCAUGUGAAGGAUGAGCAGAUUGAACACUGGAAAAAAAUUGUGAAAACGCAGGAGGAAUUGAAAGAUCUUCUUAAUAAGGUCAGAUGAUGACAUUUAGAACAAGGAUAGCAUUGUGUUCCUCAGAA